AUGAAGGUAAAUGAGAGAAGAUCUCAUGGUCGUACAUCUGGGGAGGAAGAAAAGGUGAUCAUGACAAGGAAGCAAAAGGCAGAGAGCAACGAACAGGACGCAGAGCAAUCUCCAAAAAAGUCCAAGACUGAUCAAAACGACGACGGCCAGCCAAACGGGAAAUCUGCAGCCGACGUAGCUGCAGAGUUUGAAGAAUUCUGUAAAGCCAUUAGAGACCACCUCUCCAUCCAACAAAUGCGGGAAAUACUGGAAGCUAAUGGCCAAGAUACCUCCGGUCCUGAUGGUGCCAUAAUCUCUAAAUGUCAAGAUCUGCUGUUUUAUGGGCCAUUGGAGAAAUGCCCAGUUUGCAACGGCAAUUUGGAGUACACCGGCACACGCUACUCUUGCAGAGGGUUUUGCAGUGAGUGGUCUUCUUGCACCUUCAGCACAAAGGACCCACCAAGGAAACAAGAACCAACGAAAUUACCAGAUUCUGUUCUCAACUCCCCUGUUUCACACUUGAUAAAGAAGUAUCAGGAUCCAAGUCGCCGGCCUCGAAGGAAUUUAGGGACGACGGAUAAACCUUUUACUGGAAUGGUGAUUUCUCUAAUGGGCCGUCUUUCUCGGACACAUGAUUAUUGGAGAAAAGAAAUUGAAAAACAUGGAGGGAAAGUUGCCAACUCUGUCAUUGGUGCAACUUGUCUGGUCGCCUCUCCGGCGGAGAGAGAGCGCGGUGGCUCAUCUAAACUUGUGGAAGCAAUGGAGAGAGGCAUUCGUGUAGUAAGCGAAGCUUGGUUAGUAGAUAGCAUUCAGAAAAAAGAAGCCCAGCCCCUUGAAGCUUAUGAUAUUCUUAGCGAUCUUUCUGUAGAUGGGAAAGGAAUUCCAUGGGAUAAACGAGAUCCUAGUGACGAGGCACUCGAAUCACUCUCAGCAGAAUUAAAGCUCUUUGGCAAGAGAGGAGUGCACAAGGAUACUAAACUGCAAGAGCAAGGCGGAAAGAUCUACGAAAGAGAUGGGAUUCUGUAUAACUGUGCCUUCUCUCUUUGCGACGUGGGGCGAGGACUGAAUGACUAUUGUGUCAUGCAGCUGAUCACAGUACCGGAGAGCGGCUUGCAGCUGUACUAUAAGAAAGGCAGAGUGGGUGAUGAUCCAAAUGCAGAGGAGAGGCUCGAAGAGUGGGAAAAAAAUGACAAUGCUGUGGAAGAGUUUUUGAGGCUCUUUGAGGAAAUAACUGGCAAUGAAUUUGAGCCCUGGGAAAGAGAGAAGAAGUUUCAGAAGAAGCCACUGAAGUUCUAUCCUAUAGACCUGGAUGAUGGAGUCGAAGUGAGACAUGGAGGUCUUGGUCUUCGGCAGUUGGGAGUUGCAGUUGCACACUGCAAACUUGAGCCUUUGGUUGGCAAUUUCAUGAAGGUCUUGUGCAGUCAAGAGAUAUACAAGUACGCUUUGAUGGAGAUGGGACAUGAUUCCCCUGAUCUACCAAUAGGGAUGGUCACUACUUUUCACUUGAAAAGAUGUGAGGAGAUUGUCCUAGAGUUCAUUGAAAGGGUGAGAUCAAUGAAAGAGACAGGGCAGAAGGCCGAGGCUGUUUGGUCAGAUUAUAGCCAAAGAUGGUUUACUCUGAUGCACUCCACAAGGCCUUUCAUUUUCAGGGAGUUCCAAGAAAUUGCAGAUCAUGCUGCAGCUGUACUAGAGACUGUUCGAGACAUAACUGUGGCUUCACACCUUAUAGGAGACAUGAGUGGCUCCAGCAUUGAUGACCCAUUGUCUGAUGGAUAUGAGAAACUGGGAUGCUCGAUUUCCCCACUGGAUAAACAGUCUGAUGACUACAAGAUGAUCCUAAACUAUCUGGAGAGAACUUAUGAACCUGUCAAAGUUGGAGAUACUGAAUAUGGUGUGACAGUUGAUAACAUAUUUUCUGUGGAAUCAAAUGCGCUCCCUUCUUAUGAUGAGAUAAAGAAUUUGCCAAACAAAGUCCUUUUGUGGUGUGGUACACGUAACUCAAAUCUAUUGAGGCACUUGCAUAAAGGCUUCUUACCAUCUAUAUGCCAACUCCCAGUUCCGGGUUAUAUGUUUGGCAGGGCAAUAGUCUGUUCUGAUGCUGCAGCUGAAGCUGCGAGAUAUGGGUUUACUGCAGUGGACAGGCCAGAAGGGUUCUUGAUCCUCGCCAUUGCUUCUCUAGGAGAUCAAAUUACUGAGCUCAACAGCCCACCUGAGGAUACGAAGUCCUUGGAAGAAAAGAAGCUUGGGGUGAAGGGAGUGGGUAAAAGGAAGACUGAUGAAUCAGAACACUUUGUUUGGAAAGAUGGUAUCAAAGUUCCUUGCGGUCGGUUGCUCCCCUCAGAGCACAAAGAUAGCCCUCUUGAAUACAAUGAGUAUGCUGUUUAUGAUCCUAAACAGGUGAGCAUAAGGUUCUUGGUUGGGGUGAAGUAUGAAGAGAAGGGUAGGGUCGUGGACACCGAGGAGUAA